AAAAAAAGCGUAUACGCCAUCUUUUUAAUCUUUGGCAUAUUUUGAAAAUUGAAUUGUUUUAAUUUUUCCUUGCUCACUUACUAUCGAUAUAAAAGUGUGUGAAUUUUUUCUAUUAAAAAUUAUAAUUUACAGAUUCGUAGUGUAAUUAAGAGACAUUGCUAUGGGCAAGCCGUCGUCUACCUCACUCUCUGUUAGUUGAAAAAUUCGAAUCUGUGUACAUUUUUGUUGUUUAUUUACAAAUCUACAAAGAUGUUCUGAAUGCUCACUGCAUUCUAAUAAGCAAAGAAACAAAGUGGCAAUGAGUGCCCAUAAAAUGGAACAAAUGAGAAAAAAGAGACAUUACCAUGUUCAGAAGAAUAUAAGCAAAGUAUUCAACAAGUUAAAACGAGACUCCAUUGGUUCUAGAAGUUGUGUGUCACUAACGGACACAUCUUUUGAUGAAACCCCACAUAACCUUACUAUUGUCGUAGCCAAUGAUUCAUACCAACCGGAACGUAAACGGAAGAGUCCUGUCACUGUCAAUGCAAUAUCAGAUAUACCAAGCAAAACGAGAAGAAAAAGCGACAGCUUGAUUGUCAUCAAUGAUGAUGACCAAGAAACAACUAAUGAUUCAUGUAUUCUUUUAUCUCCUAGAAGAAAUAGCAACUCUCAUGUAAACUGUUCCACACCCAUCGCUAUAAGAGAUAGCCAAACAUUAAAAAAUCACAUCAUAAGUAAUUUCAAUCCAGCACCAACACCAAGUGAAAUUCAAUCUCCAGAAGAGCCUAAAGAAAAUGAUAGAACAAAAGUGAUCAAUAAGGAUUCAUUUGUAACAAUAGAUUUAACAGCUGAUAGUGAAAAUAGGACUACUGAUAAUGUAAUAGAUGUAGAUAAAUGUCCAGAUAAAAGUGACUGCCAAGAUUGUACUCUGGUGUCCGUAUCUAAUGCGAGCCUCUCUAUGAGUGGUGAUUCCGAUGUCACAGUGAUACGAAAUAAAAGGCUAGGAAACAAUACUCAAGCCAAGAAGCUCGCAAGGGGUCUGGCCCAGAUGAACACGUCUGAAAAAGAGAAACUACUGAAUCUUAUUGCUCAGCAAAUAUUCAGAGGUUGCGAUUUGAAGAAUAGUGCUCAAAGCUUAGUUCUACAUAAGGAAAACCAAGGAACAGAGACUGAUGAAGAUGCAUACAUAAAAGAAGUGAUUCUAGGACAGACAAAAUCGAAAGAGGCAAAACAGUGUCUUUCCAGAAAUAGUAUCGGCAGCAAUAUAUAUAAUCCGCGGAAAGAUGCUAAGAAUACUACAGGCUUGCGGAUGAUUAUCAUUGAUGGAAGCAAUGUGGCUAUGGAGCACACACAAGGAAGGCAGUUUUCAGUAGAAGGUUUAAAGAUAUGCAUAGACUAUUUUGUGAAGCGAGGACACUCGGUCAAAGCGUUCGUGCCACGAUUCAGAUGUAAAUACGGUAAGAGUUCAGACCCUAACUUGCUAAACUAUCUGGAGCGUCAGGGGCUGGUCGUGUACACCCCGUCACGGGAGAUCAAGGGCAAGAACUGCGUACCUUAUGAUGACAGGUACAUACUGCAAUGUGCUGCGGAAUUCGACGGCGUGGUCGUGUCUGGCGAUAAUUACAGGGAUCUUAUAAACGAGAAUGCAAGAUGGCGGUAUAUAAUUGAGAACAGAGUGCUACCAUUUACGUGGGUGAACAACAUGAUCAUGUUUCCAAAGGAUCCCUUCGGACGGGCUGGUCCCACCCUCGAGAUGUUACUCAGACACCCGUCACCGACCACGACUCAGUGUAGCACAGGUUUAUUCUCCACCAAUGUUGAUAAACAAUCAUAAUAAUUUGUAAGUUGCUCACAGUCGCAACUAUCGUAGAACGAGAGCCCGCGGCGAUUAGACCUCUAUUAUGUUAUCAACUAGCUACUCUCACACGGUAUUCUCGAUAAACUUACUAUAGCCUUCCUCGGUAAAUGGACUGACAAACACAAAAAUAAUUAUUCAAUUUGAACCAGUAGUUCCGGAGGUUAGCGCGUUCAAACAAACAAAUUCUUCAGCUUUAUGAUAUUAUAAGUAAUAAGUAUAGAUAUGGAAAUUUUCGAUGAUUAACUAUUGGAUAGUUUCCUUUGUCAAAAAUAAACUAUUUCAACAUUUCAAUACAAUUAAAUAUUCAAAAGUUAUAAUACUUUCAUUCGUCG